AUGGUUGGCGCCGGCGUGCCCUUGCGACUGAGCGCAAACGAGGUCGGAGGCGCAGACGACGAACUGGACGACCGCAUAGACGCCAGCCAGCUUAUACACCGCCGUACGGGGAGCAGCAGGAGCUCGACGGCCAGCAAUCGCAUAUCUGCUGCUCACCAGCGGGCCGGCCAGACUCGUCUCAGCAGCAGCAGCAGCGCAAACAACACCCCUCCCAACGCAGACAUACCAGACAUCGUCGAGACGCCUGCUGCCACCCUGGAGAAUAUCAAGGACGAAGACUUCCUGAAGAAACCCAAUCGAUCGUCUGCUAAUACUGCAUCCGACCAGCAGCGUCCGGCUACCUCACACAGCGAGGAAGAGGACGAGUUCGGCAAGAUUACAGAAAUGGCUGCUCCCACGGGCAUGUCAACGGCCAUGCAGAAACGGAGGAUCUCAGACGACCUGAAACGGCGAGGCAGCGUCGACGAGCGCACGUCCAGUAUGACCGGCGUCAGGCUCUUCGUAGCCAAUCCAGAUCUAAGCGAUUAA